AUGCCGAUGUUUGCCAAAGAAUUAUACCAAUUUUUCCUCUCGAAAGAAGCAUCAAAAGCUGAGUGUCAAAGCCCCGAAAGUAGAAGCCCUGUUUCGCCUGCUAUGCCGCCAAGCAAAACGCCCCCGACCCGAUCGAACACAGAUAUGCCUGGGAUCAAAAAAAAUGAUGUUCAAGGGAGCAGGGCCGGAAGCAACGUCCGCUCCUCAACGCUGCCCACGAACCUGUAUGCUUCUGGCUACGUCGAGGCCGAAAUGCUUUCUCCGAAAAUUACACAGGGUGCACCUCGCUUGCAUAAGCGUAUAAUCAUAUGUUGUGAUGGGACUUGGAAGAACGGACUGAAUUCAGCCCCUAGUUCAGCAACAAAUGUGCUGAAACUAUCACGCUGUAUUUUUCCUGAGGAUCGUCGCACUUUUCCUCCUAUACCUCAAGUCGUGUUCUACCAAGCUGGCCUUGGAACAACGGACGAUCUAGCACUCGAUCUAACACAAGGAGCUACUGGAUCUGGUAUUUUAUCAAAAAUCAGAGAAGCCUAUGCGUUCAUUGCUCAAAACUAUAUCCCAGGGGACGAAGUCUUCCUAUUCGGUUUCUCUCGGGGUGCUUUUACCGCGAGGACGAUCGCCAGUUUGAUAGCUGAUAUUGGGAUCUUGACAACUGCGGGUAUGGCCGACUUUCAUCAAGUACUUGCAGCCUACCAGGUUCGGUUGGAGGGGACCGAGCGUUCAGACACCGCCGAAAAAUUCCUUGAUAACUAUCGCCAUGGAGGACAAAAACACAUGUGUCGCUUGGCUGAGGGCACUCUGAAAUGCGUGGGUGUCUGGGAUACCGUUGGAGCGUUAGGUCUGCCUGGAUUCUUUGGUGAAAGUUUUAACCUCCUUGGCUUUAGGGACACCAAGUUGAGCCACCAAAUCAAGUAUGCAUUUCAUGCCAUGGCUGUUCAUGAGACACGGAAAGACUUUACUCCCACCAAAUGGGUGAGGACGCCCUCGACAAGUGGUUUUAAACAAUACCCGCAAGUGCUCAAGCAAGUCUGGUUCCCGGGGUCUCACAGCGAUGUUGGCGGUGGAUAUGCAGACCACGACCUAUCCGACAUCACCCUCAUCUGGAUGGUAGCCAACUUGAUGAGGUACAACUUGCUUGCAAUCGAUGAGCAAUAUCUCAUGUCCUUGCCGGUACCCCAGGCUGACUGGGGAAAGCAGGCGCCCCACGAUCCUAGGCAAGGCGUGAUGAGUAGAACUUUGAAAACAGUAAGGAAGUUCCCAACGGCUUGGGAUGAAACUUCGAUGGAAACGAUCCAUCCCUCGGUAGCCUGCCAAGAAACAUUGGCCCCGGAGCUAGCUAUGAUCUUCGAAGAGAACACACCCAAGCUUUUGGAGAAGCUACUUCCAUUCGAGGAGAAGAUGCGUUUCCGUUGGAACUCUAUGCGGAAGGAAAACGGUACCGACCCCAAACAGUUGCAGGAGUCCAACGCGCAAGGGAACAUGUUAUUUUCUGAUUUCUUAAAAACAUUCCAUGGACUAGUCGACAUCGGGCGCUUGAGUGUUGAAAUAGUUCGAGGCCAAAGCACUGAUGAGGACGCGGCCGAAAAGGUGCUGCUUGAGGAAUAA